AUGGCAAGUGAGGAAGAGAGUUUUCUUGUCUUAGUGCAUUGCUCUGGGAAAAUUAAAAGAAGCAAAAAAUAUGGUGUGAAGGUCACUGACAGAGAACCAUUGAGUGUAUUCAUCAGUCCAUCAAGCACUUUGUCAGAUGUAAAGAACAGCAUCUUGCAGAAAUUUGGGGUAUUUGGGAGCAAGUGGGUGAAGAAUCUAUUCUACAAGAUUCCCAUCGCAGUUGUCUCGACCGGUGUUAAGUAUGAUACGUUUGUGCUAGCGGCUGAUGAAGAUAUCAGGGUUCUAUUUCAUUGUGUCGGAGUUUUCCGGAGGUCAAAAUACACGAGCCGUAUGCAAAGUUGGAGGUUGGUGUCAAUAGUUCUGGGGCAUCAGCUCCGGUUCAUAGCUCGACUGCCGCGGGCGCAGGCAUUUGAGGUGGAUACCGGUGGUGGCAUGAUUCAUGAUGUUCAAGGCUUCGAAGAACCUGAUCGAGUAGAGAAUGCAAUGCGGGAUGAUGACUCUGACCAAGAGCUUGUAGAUAUCAUUGGGAACAGCGAUGAUGACACAGGUGCCAAUCCACAUACACAGCACAGGCCUUCAAGUUCUGGCAUACAGCAGUACCCUCCACACUUCUCCACUCUAAACUUGGAGGCUCUAGGUCAACAGGCGGACGGAGGUGCUACAAUUGGGAGUUCUUCUACAGAAUUUCAGAUUGGACAAUCAUUCCAGAAUAAAGAUGAAGCAGUUCUGAGUGUCAAAUGA